GUGCUAGUUUCUGACUCUCAUCAGAAAACAUUGCAUUCUAGUUGUUGACACUCGGGUUGCGUUCCAGAUGAUAGCAGCACAAUUGAACGAAGCAUCAGUAUAUAAAUUAAAGUAAGCCUGACGGUUUAACAAAAUGGAAAGACUAAAUGUGAUAGCCAGCCACCUAUCCAUGUCGGAGAAAAGGGGUAUGGCAACAUCAGAAGUGGCGGGUUCAGUAAAAUUAUUCUCUUUCAAUCCUGACGACAUUGUUGUUGUGGCAGCUCUUCGAACACCAAUAGGAAAAUCCAGGAGAGGUGUCUUCAAGGAUACCCAUGGAGAUGACUUGCUUUCACAAGCCUUUAAUGGCGUUCUGAAAAGCGUCAACAUUCGGCCAGAUGAAAUUGGCGAUAUCUGUGUUGGUAAUGUGAAUGAUGCUCGAGCCAGUGUUACUGCUAGAUUCGCACAAUUCUUCAGUGGCAUUCCUCAUACAGUCCCAGUAUCAGCAGUCAAUCGACAAUGUGGAUCUGGACUGCAAGCAUUCAUGAACAUUGCUGGUGGCAUCAAGAACAAAGCCUAUCCCCUUGGAUUGGCAGGCGGUUUUGAAAUGAUGUCCAAGAGUGGGAUGGGCGGUAAAGGGUUUGAUGACAUGAACCCGCGGAUUAUGGAUGUCAAGGAGGCAAAGGACAGCCUUAUUCCAAUGGGUUUAACAUCAGAGAUAGUGGCUGAGAGAUAUGGGGUGUCCAGAGAGGUGCAGGAUAGAUUCUCCAUGGACUCACACAAAAAAGCUGCAGCUGCAACAAAAAAUGGCCAUUUCAAGGCCGAGAUCAUCCCAGUCACAGUAGAAGUUGAGGAUAUGGAGGGAAACAGGCGAACUAUUACGGUGACAGAAGAUGAGGGUAUCCGUGGCAACACAACAAUGGAAGUUCUUGCUAAGUUAAAACCGGCUUUCAAACAAGGAGGAACCACAACUGCCGGUAACUCAAGUCAAACGAGUGAUGGGGCAGCAGCUGUCUUGGUGGCAAGUCGGGAGGAAGCCAAGAGAAGAGGUUUACCCAUCCUGGGCACACUUCGGGCUUUCGCUGUGGUGGGAGUAGCCCCAGACGAGAUGGGGGUGGGGCCAGCAGCCGCCAUUCCACAGGCCCUCAAAAUGGCAGGUCUCACUAUUGAUGACAUUGAUGUUUAUGAAAUCAACGAGGCGUUUGCCAGUCAGGCGGCCUAUUGCGUUCGCAAAUUAGGAAUCCCUUCAGAGAAAGUGAACCCUAAGGGUGGGGCUGUAGCUUUUGGGCACCCGCUUGGGGCAACUGGAGCUCGCAUGAUUGCCACACUGCUGCAUGAGCUUCAAAGACGGGGAAAAAGGUCGCUGGGUGUGGUAUCCAUGUGUAUGGGAACAGGAAUGGGAGCUGCUGCCAUCUUCGAAUAUAAUCCUUGAGACUUAUGUGCUUCGUGAUCUUAUAAAUGUAUAUAAACAUUUAAACUUUGAAUAAGGGAGUCAAGCCAAUAUGUGAUAAAGUAAUCAUUAUUAUAAAUAAGUAUAAAUUUUAAAAUGUAAACUUGUUAGGAAUGACACUGAACCGUUUUGUAUUGUUGUGGUUUGUAAACAAUGACACCAUGUGGGAAUGGAGACCAUAUCUAGAUGUUAUGGAACGAGUUAGAUAUUUGCUGUCCCUGUCAUGUAAGCCGUUAUAUGAAUGUUUUUGAAAAAAUGUUUCCACUUAUGUGGAUGUAAAAUAAAAACCAUUCUUCCAAUGAUUGUAAUUCUGGUACUUGUUACUGUAUUCUACAUGUAAAUUAACUGUGCAGGAUUUUGAUUCUUGGAAAUAAAAAUAGAAUUGA